AGAAGGGAGGCGUAAAGUAGCGCAGGCAAGGCGAGGGGCAAAGGAGGAGGAGGGAGGGAUGGUGAAGAAGAAGCCGGCCGGCGAUGCGGAGGCCGACGAGCGGCGCCGCCUCCGCUCCCUCGCCUUCUCUAAUGGCUUACUCCAGCGCGGGGAGCCGGCGGCGCCGCGCUCGGCUCUCGCGCCCUCCACUGCCGUGUCGCGGCUGCAGGGCCGCGACAUCGUGCGCCGCGGCGGGCAGCGCAAGAGCCGCUUCCUCUUCUCCUUCCCCGGCCUCCUCGCGCCCGCGGCUGCUGCCUCGGGCGGCCGCGUCGGCGAGCUCGCUGAUCUUGGCACCAAAAAUCCUCUGCUCUACCUCGACUUCCCACAGGGGAGGAUGAAGCUGUUGGGGACGCAUGUGUACCCCAAGAACAAGUAUCUGACACUGCAGAUGACUGCAUCCGCACAAUUGCUGCUAUGCUCGUCCCUUUUCUCUGGGCUGUUAUUGCUAACUACUUACUUAUGCUGCUGUUUUAUUUGGCAGAUUGUUUUUUCUGAAGCCUGGUGGAUUGGAACAAAAGAAGAAGAAAACCCACAAGAACUGAAACUGGAUUUUCCAAAAGAGUUCCAGAAUGAUGAGGCGGUUGCAGAUUCUGAUUUUAAAGGUGGAGCAGGUGCUUCCUGUGAUGAAGCUGUUUCCAUCAAUAAACCGCCAAAGGAAACCACCACAGGAUCCCUUUCCCCUAAGAUUGAAUCUGACAUUGAUUCUUCCGAGGAUUCAGACCUUAAGGACGAGGAUAACACACAAAGCACUAGUCAAGCACCUUCAGUUAGGCAGUCUGCUAGAACUGCUGGGAAAGCCUUGAAGUAUACUGAGAUAUCAUCUGGAGACGAUUCAUCUGAUAAUGACGAUGAGAUUGAUGUCCCUGAGGACAUGGAUGAGAAGAUGAAGAGUCCAGCAGUUAAGAAUGAAUCCCAAAGUGAAGACAUUAAACCUGCAGAUUGGUCUGCGCAGCCUAUCUCAGCUAAGAAGGAGCCACUCGUUCAGGCCACUCUGUCUAGCAUGUUUAAAAAAGCAGAAGAAAAAAAAAGAGAUGUACAAGAAGCCCGAAAGGAUCUCCAGCAGCAAAAGGACCUGCUGCUAAGAAGCAGCGAGCAAGUCCAGAGGAAAAACAUCCAACAGGGAAGAAGAGUGCUGGCAGAAGUCAGAAAAGGAGAAAAACACAGGUAGAAGAUGACAAAAUUGAAGUGCUCUCAAGUUCCUCCCAGGAUAACAACGUGGACGAUGAUAGCGAUGAGGACUGGGCUGAGUGAUGUGCAGCUGAAGUUGAAAGGAAUGUAGCACUAGGUGAUGAAGAGUGAAGGAUGCAAGAUUGUGGGCAAUUCUUUUCUUUGGGGGCGAUAUCACAAUUGAUGUGUUUGAGGAGCUUAGGUUCUGGCCUGACCAUUGAUGAGAUAUAUCAUCAUAGUCUUUUCAUCGCACUGGUGAAAUUGAAAACCGAGAAGUCGUGUGAUCUGUUAGCACUAGAUUUAUUAUUUAUUUGACUUGUUGUAAUGUAACAUAAACAAGAGCUGAUAAAUCAUUGUUAGGGUCUGCAAUGCAAAUUAGUACUGCAAUUACAGAUAUAAACUAUACCAUUGAUGAAGAAAAUGAUUGUUGUGUAUUUAUUUAUGGUAUUGAUAAAUUAAACGGUUUUAUCUGAAC